CUCCACACAACAUAGGGAUUGGCACACUAAACGGUCUCGUUAAACCAUCUUACCGUCUUCCGGUUGGGGAAGGGGAUGGAGCGGGAGAGGGUUCUUGUUUGUUUAAAUUUCAGGCUCUAACCCUUGGUUACGCUCGGGAUCAUGGCUGGCAGGCGUGGGAGAAGACGAUGGAGCCCUCAGACGCUUCUGCCCCUGCGCCGCACCAGACAAUUGUCUAACACUGUCUCUUGCUGGUAUUGCGAUUGCAAGUUUUUGGCCCUCAAUGAACCGUUGUUUCGUUUUGGUCGCAAGCAUGCUAGGUACUUGAGAGGUUGGUUUUCCAUGGGGGUAGGGUUCAGUUUGUCUGCCGUGGUUGGACUGAUGGUGUUUGUUCUUUGUCAAUUGGUCCAAGCGGCACUUGUUCAUAUGGGAUAUGUGCAACCUGAUAGCUCCUUAAGAUGGCUCUCCUUUUUGAAUGCAGGGCUCAACAUCUCACCUUCCAGUAUUGGAUACGUGUGCAUAUCCACUGUCAUAAGUGUAAUGGUUCAUGAGUUUGGACAUGCCCUUGCAGCAUCAAGUGAGGGUGUAAAAAUGGAGUAUCUUGCUAUCUUUUUGGCUGGAUUAUUUCCAGGAGCUUUGGUGGCCUUUAAUCACACAUCAUUACUGGCAUUACCGAGGAUGGCUUCUCUCCGCAUAUACUGUGCUGGUGUUUGGCACAAUGCCGUUUUUUGUGCAGUAUGCGCUUUGGCUUUGUUCCUUCUUCCCUUCUUGUUGAGUCCAUUUUAUAUCUACGGUGAAACCCCCUUGGUUUUGGAUGUGCCCUCUGUCUCACCAUUAUCAGGUUAUCUGUCACCUCAUGAUAUUAUACAUUCAUUGAAUAACUUCAGGAUCCAUAACUCUGAGGAGUGGAAGCAGAUAAUUAAUGACUUGACCAAGCAGACCCUCUCGCAUAGCUCUGGCCUAUCUAGUGGGUUAGGAACACUGGAGGAAGGCUAUUGCAUUCCUCAUUCUUUAAUUGAAGAGAGUACACUCACACACUUUGAAGGGAAUCAGACAUAUUGUCCUAGUGACCUUACAGCAUUUACACCUGCUUCCUGUCUUGUUGUGAGUGGGGCCGAUGAUGUUAGUUAUAUGAACAAGCAGCAGUCAGCUGACUCAGCUCAAGAAAAUGUUCAUUGUUUGGAUGCUAAUAAUGUUGUAAAGCUUAGGAGAUGCGCCUGUAAUCAUGAGAAAACUCCACAAAAUCAAAGUGGCAGCAUCUGUUCGCAGGUUGAAUCAUGCAUGAUGCCAGUGCAGCUUUCUGGUCAAGGAUGGGCUGAGAUAACAUAUUCGAGACUAAAAUGUCUCUCCCGCGACACUGAAAGUUUAUACCCAGAUGAAGGAAACUCUAGCAGCAGAGGGAAAGGCUGCCUUCAAACUUUUGUCUUUGUUGGGGAUCUGAUCUCUAUGUCACAUUCAAUCCAUAUGACUUCGUAUCUCCCUCGGUCAAUUCACUUUGCCACAUGGAUUCCAAAUAAAUUGGAGAAGAUUCUUACGUGUGCCUUCCAUGUCUCCUUAUUAGUUGCGCUUCUGAACAGCCUUCCGGUAUAUUAUCUUGACGGUGAAUCCAUCUUGGAAGCAGCUUUGAACUCGUUUGAUUCUAUAAGCUCUAGGACAAGGCAAUUGGUUCUUCGCAGUUGCCUGCUUGUGGGGACCUUUGUUUCUGCUUGCCGCAUCCUGCAGACAGCCUAUUUUGCUUUAAGUUAAGUCGUUUCUCAUUAAAUUAUCUUUUGAUCAGUUUACUUUCAUUUUUACCCUAAACUUAUAUAUUUAUGUCAUGUAUACAUAUUAGGCUAGAUGGUGUGAAAUGUUUCUAUAUGGGGAGUUGAAACUAGAAUUUAUUAUGGAAAUGUCUCUAAUUUUGUGCACAAGAAUGAUCCUAAAAGUUGUUCUUGUAACUCAUUUGCCAAGCAAAUAGAGGGAAUGAUUGAAUGCUUUCUCAUUCACAGUUAGGGUUGGGAUCAGAUAAUGAUAUUUUAACUUUUGGAUA